AUGGAUGUUGGCACUCUCUCCAAGGAAGGCCUCGCUUCUCGCGCCGAGGGAGGCCUAAGUUUCAUGCAACGAGAUGUUGUCGAUGAAUUCAUGGUUUUCCCCGAGGAUGGGAACAAAGAAAAUGACGUCACGCACAUUGAAGAGGAGCUUCGGAAGCUAUCUUCAGCUAUCGUCCCAAUACGCGACGGAAAAGAGCUCGUUUUCUGGGCUGCCUCUCUCACCGAGAACCAGGCUGAAAAGGCCCGGGAAAUCGAAAAAGUCAAGAACGUCCAGGAGAGUACGAGCGCGAUAGUCGAGAACGAGGAGAUGCAAGAACGGGACCUACCGCGCCGGAAGCUGCCGUCGCCAUCCGACCUUUCUGACGUACGGAAACGGGACCUUGACUAUGUCGCUCAAAAAGAUGCUGUCCCCGAAUUGGUAGCUAUCAGCCAACCGCGCACAGAACCGGACAUCUCCCAGCUCAAGAAUAAAUAUGUAUACGAUAGCCGUGCUGGAGAGAAUAGCUUCGUCUACCACCUGGAACUUGGAGUGGCAUACAAAAACACUCAGGAAUUUACCAAAGUCAUCCCCAUAUUGACUCCGGUAGCAAGUGUCAAAAAGAUGGCUCCCUUUGACGAUGAAAGCUUAAACUCGCAUGCUACCUGCGUUGCUGAUAAGGCGGUCGGCACGAAAUUUGGUGCUGCCAAAAAAGCUACCCUGGUCGUAGUGAAGAUGGCGGGUGUUUUAAAAAGUGAUAUAUUACAGGCUGUAAUCGCAGUCAUCAACGAUUUACGGGCAAACCCCGAACGUCGCAAGAAAAGCGUGGUCACUCUGUCUCUAUAUUGGCCAGUCACGACAGGCAGUGGGGCUAUCACAACGUGGGAGCGAGAUCUAAGACGAAAGAUCAAAGAGAUCAUCGAUAUGGACGUUCCCUUUGUCAACGCGGCCGGAAACUUCGGCUCGCAACUCGGCCGCCAUGCCAUCGACACGGUGCCGGGUGUCUUUGAAGAGACCGAUGUACCUAUUAUCAACGUAGGUAAUGCGGAUGCCAAUGGUAUCAUACGCCCGAAUUCACAAGGAGGUGCCCACCUUUGGAUGUAUGCCACGGGCGAUGUAACGUGCUACUCGAAAGCCGGCGCAGUAACAACAAAGGAUGGCACAUCUUUUGCCGCGCCCCUGGUUGCCGGGGAGAUAGCCAACCUCCUCUCACGCGAACAUGUCCCCUUCGAUACGAGCGACGGGAAGCUCGUCAACAGCCUUCGAGAGUACCUGCGGUCCGAGGGCAGUUGGGAGCGCACGGCGCCAGAUGGCACAAAGGCCCGCAUGUUGUGGAACGGGGCCACAGAAAAAGAUAUACAGAAGGCCAAGGCAGCAUGA